AUGGGCGCAGGCGACAUCUUUCUCUGUCGCACGCGUCGCAGAAGAGCACUACUCCCUGUCGCAUCCGUCGCCUCAGCGAUUCUGUCGCUUCUGCUCGUCGCCUGUCUCGCUCCAUCGUCCCUGUCCAUCCGCGAAGCUCGGCCCUUCUCCUCUUCCGCCACUUCCGCCCAAGGACCCGCGCGCGCCCUCUACAUCGUGCAUCUCCGCUCCGCCCCACCCAUCGUGUCCUACCGCGGCGGCAUCCCCGGCUUUCCGCCCAUCGCCCCCCCACAACCCUCCGACUCUGGUUCGGAGACGGGUGAUGAGGAGGGGGGUGACACGGGGGGGGACCCAUCAGGGAGUGCAGGCGGAGCAGGAGGUGCAGGGGGAACAGCGGGAUCAGGGGGAGCAGGGGGAGCAGGGGGGGCAGCAGGAGCAGCGAGAGCGGCAGGAGCGGGAAGCGCGCACGGAGUUACCGCGAGUGCGAAUGGGGGGAAGCGGCGGCAGUGGCGGGUGAACCCGCGGCUUCCGCACGUUCGCGCGUUCAAGCGCAUGCUGCAGCGGCAGCAGCGCCUGGUGGCCGCUCAUGUCGGCCUCCGCGCCGAGCAGCUGCUGUAUAGGACUGACGCGCGGAAUGUGUUGUGCAGCGGAAUGUGUUGCAGUGUGGGGUUACUUUACGACAUAUUCACCAUUCCUCUCCUCCUCCACCGCCUCAUUCCCUCCCUCAAUCCCUUCUUCCCUCCCUCCUCCCCUCCGUCCCUCCCUCCCCCCCACCAGCUACGCCUUCGCAGGCAACUCCUUCGCGGCGCUGCUGUCCCCGCAGCAGGUGUGGCGCCUGUCACGCCACCCGCAGUGGCAGCAGUGCGGGGCAGCGCGGAGGUGCGCGCGCUCACCACCGCCACGCCCGCGUUUCUCCAGCUCCCGCAGUCGCUCUGGGCCGCCGCGGGCGGGGAGGGCAGCGCGGGGGAGGGCGUGGUGGUGGGGGUGGUGGACACGGGCAUCUGGCCCGAGCACCGGUCCUUCGCCAAUGACUCGUCCGCGCCCUACGGCCCCCCACCUUCAUCCUUCAAAGGGGCCUGCCCCACCUCCUCCGACUUCCCCGCCACUGCCUGCUCCGGCAAGCUUGUGGGCAGCGGCAGCUUCCGGGCGGCACUCGAGGCGGGCGGCACGAGGAUUGACUGGACGCGCGAGUACGCGUCGCCCAGAGACGCUGUGGGGCACGGCACGUGGUGCGCAGGAGCGGCAGCAGGCAACGGCAACACGGCAGCACAGGUCUCUGCCACGCAGUCCCUCGGCAGGGCGAGCGGCAUGGCGCCGCGGGCGCGCAUAGCCAUGUACAAGGUGCUCUGGCGGGUGGCGGGGGGGUACGGCUCAGGCAACUACGCGGACCUCUUUGCAGCCGUGGAUCAGGCCGUAUCCGAUGGUGUGGAUGUGCUGAGCCUGUCCCUGGGCGGGUACAACCCCUCGGCUACGUACUUUGAUGACCUGCCGUUCCUCCGCGCCUUUGAGGUGGGUGACACACUCACUGUGGUUCUUUUUCUCCCCUCCGCUCCCUUCCCAUCCCCUCUCCCCCCUCCCCUUACCCCUCCCCUCCGCCUCCCCCUCCCCCCUUCCUCCCCUGGGCCUCCCCUCUCCCUCCGUCUCCCUCCCCGUGUCCUCCCCCUGCCCUCACCACGCCCCGCAUGCGCCUGUGUACCCGCCCAGGCAGGAAUAGUCGUGGUGUUUGCGGCGGGCAACGCCGGUGCGCCGUCCUUUGCGCGCACUGUCUACAACUUCUCCCCCUACUACAUCACCGUUGGAGCCAGGUACACCUCCGUGCCAUGCCGCCACAACCUGCCACUUCCCUUUGCGCGCACCGUCUACAACUUCUUCCCCUACUACAUCACCGUUGGAGCCAGGUAA